CAGCAGCAGCAGCCGCCCCGAGAACCAGUCUGGGGCCGACAGCAAGCCCGGCCCGGAACCUGACGUGGACAGUUGUUGUUCACAAGCGUCGCACUCUGGCUUGGGCUUGGCUGCUGAGACAAGCGCGCAAAAUGCGGAGUUUUUCGUGCGCCGUCCGCACCCUCGGGGUGGCCGUCAUCGUGCUGCUGGGCUUCCUCGUCCUCGCCCAGAGCCAGGACAGCAAGAAGGGCCCCAAAGUGACGGAUAAGGUCUGGUUCGAUAUCAAGAUCGGCAAUGAGAAGGCUGGCCGUGUCGUGAUUGGUGUUUUCGGCAAGACUGUCCCCAAGACUGCUGAGAACUUUGUCGAACUUGCCAAGCGUGAGAAGGGUGAGGGCUACAAGGGCAGCAAGUUCCACCGAGUCAUCAAGGACUUCAUGAUCCAGGGUGGUGAUUUCACUCGUGGUGAUGGAACUGGUGGCAGGAGCAUUUAUGGCGACAAGUUCGAGGACGAGAACUUCAAGCUGAAGCACUACGGCGCUGGCUGGCUGUCCAUGGCUAACGCUGGCAAAGACACCAACGGUUCCCAGUUCUUCAUUACCACCAAGCAGACUCCCUGGCUCGAUGGUCGCCACGUUGUUUUUGGCAAAGUCCUCAGCGGAAUGAAUGUCAUUCGUCGCAUUGAGAGCACCAGCACUGAUGGCCGUGACCGCCCACAACAGGAUGUUGAGAUUGUCGACUGUGGUGUUGAGCAGGUGGCUGAGCCCUUCUCUGUUGACAAGGCUGAUGCUCAGGAAUAAUCACAAAACUUUAGCAGUAUAACUCUGACUGUGUACAAAACAAAGCUGUGACUUAAGAAUUUUAUUUUUUGUAUAAUUUUCCUUUUUUAUACACUGCCUAGCUCAAUUAUUCAAACGAACUGUAGUUCCAAAUAAUUCCCUCACAUACUAUAUUGUAAUAUUCCCAGGUUUUGAUACACAUUCAUUAAAAAAACCAUAAAACCCA